AUGUGGACAACUCGACCUGUUAUUCAGCCUUUCUGCGGAGAUUGUGCUGCCGUUUUCUUCCACGGGCAUUCUUAUGCCUUUUGGAUCCACCCUCAAGACCUCAAGGCUUCCGCAAUCCAACUUUCUUCGAUGGCGCAUGAGAGCAUGAGAUUACCUUCGACUGCAAACAACGGUAUUCGAGGUCGGGUUGUCGACAUGCUGGAUUCUAACGUCUUUCUGGACAUGCCUGACCACAAUGCGCUACCUUCUACCCACAUUACAUAUCGCAGGUUGUCAACUAUUUUGAUCGAACAUCCUCGCAUACCGACUAUGUUUCUUUUAGAGUUCAUGACAUUCGAUGGCCUUCGGGCUUACCAGCCAUGCUGUGAGAACAUUGAUCAUCUUAGCAUCCUCAGGCCAUUGCGGGCUAUUGAACACGAUGGCGAUCCGGUUUUCGAGGCAGCUCGCGAAUGGUCAUGCAUAAUUCAAGCCCGCCACGACUUACCCAAGGAUAUCAGAUGGGUACUGGCACUCAUCUACAACUUUUCCUGCACAAUGUUGCAGCCCGAGCAAACCGAAGAAUACCUCUAG